GAGCAAUCAAACUGAGCAGGCAGUGACAAGAAUCAUCAUCAGACUCGCUCAUACUAUACAAUUAGCAUCAUGUCUGCAACCACUACCAUCCAAGCCCAAAGCGGCACCCUUACCAUCGCGCCCAAAUCCACCCACGGUCAUGAACUGAAAGACAAAACCCCCCUGCAAGCAAUGUCUCACGGCGAUGUCGUCCUCAGCGGCAUCCCCUCGCACCCCGACUUCUCCUCCCAGCGCCAAUGGCAGCUCGAGCACAUGGCCGCCGCCUUUCGCCACUGGCACCGUGAAGGCUACGUUGAAGGCAUGAGCGGUCACAUUUCCGUGCGCGACCCAGAAUUCACCGACGCUUUCUGGACGAACCCCCUCGGACGACACUUUGGUCUGUUGAAAGUUAGCGAUAUGAUCCUCGUUAACCUCGAGGGAGAGGUCAUUGGGGGGAACCGCUCAAGGCCACCUAACACAGCGGGGUUUCUGAUCCAUGCUUCUAUUCAUAAAGCUAGGAGUGAUGUGCACGCUAUUUGUCACUGUCACAGUAUUCAUGGAAAAGCAUGGUCUGUGUUCGGCAAACGUCUCGAAAUGCUAACGCAAGACGCGUGUAAAUUUCGAGGCGAUGCGCACAGCGUUUACGACAGUUACGGCGGCGUCGUGCUAGGUAGUGAAGAAGGAGACCGCAUCGCAGCAGCCAUGGGCCCCAAAGGAAAAGGCUGCAUUUUAAGAAACCACGGUAUUCUCACGGUUGGGCAGACUGUGGACGAGGCAGCAUGGCUGUAUACGUCUAUGGAGAACAGUUGUCGUGUCCAACUUCUCGCCGAGGCUGCAGCGGCGAAUGGCAUGCCCAAGGUUCUGAUUGAGGACGAGGAGGCCAAUUUCAACUUUGACGUCGAGAGUGAUCCUGAGAUUUGCUACUGUGAGUUUCAGGUUUAUUAUGAUUUGGAGGAUGAGAUGUCCAAUGGGGCUUUUAAGAAGUAGGAGUACGAGAUGCAGCAUUAUCUUGCCUUUCGCCCGCAGUGUCGUUGGUUCAUUGAUAGCUAACUGAUGGAGAUGUCGAACCACAAAGUAACAAUCAAACAUGUUCUCUUGUCAAACUUGAGGCAGUAUUCUAGAUAGGCUGUGAAUGGACCAUGUUCUUUUGGUCA